GCGCACAUUGUGCCGCGGCAUCGUGUCUUAGUUUGAAAGUGUCCCCCGAUCGAUGAAGUCACGUUCCGUGGCCGUUGUUAGUUACGCGCGCCGCCGGCCACUAAUUGCUGUGAGUCUACAUGCCCUGUAGUAAUUCAGCGCCAUGGAUAAAGCGACCGAGUUGAUCCAGCCGACGGAAGAUCGGCUGAAGCUAUCGCGCCUUCCGAGUUCUUCGUUCUCCAUCGAGAAUCUUAUCGCGACGGAACAUCGACGGCAUGGCGGAAGUCCUCCGGGAGCGGAUCGAUCUCCGCUGCGACUGGAUCCGGCCAACGCCACCGGGUCGUACCUGGUCAACGCGGCCGGGUACAAUGCGGCCGCCAUGCUUUCGUUCACACAUUUCCCGCUGUACAAUCCGUGGGUGGGAUACCUCUCGCCAGCGGCCAACGAAAAACUAUCGCAACUGUUCUCCGGUGCUGCCAGUGGUGGGGUAGGGGGUGAUAAACGUGUCCAUAAAUCAGUUCCAGGUGACCCGAUAGAUGGGUCUGGCAGUGACGAUGGGCCCGAUCAAAGUGAUAAAUCGUCAAUCGAAGUGAACGCCUUCAAGACGUUUCCGGGGGUGACAGGGCCGCAGCAGGGGGGAGUCGCAGCAGUGCCCAACCUCGAAGUGGCGGCGCAAUACUUCGCAAACAACACACGAAGGUCGUCCUUCUAUAAUCCUACGGAUUUCGGUGAAAGUGCUUCAAAUGAUAAGAUAAAUCAUAGCAAUUACGGUGGCGGUGCAAACAGUGCCAUCGGGGGAAGAAUAUUCCUGAGGAAUUUCAGUAGUGAUUUGGCUUCGCCGGCGGCCGUUGUCAGCCGAAGCAGUUUGGACUUGCAGGACUCGGAUUCGAGGCAGUCGUACCUGAACAUUGAUCGAGAUGAGGAUGAGCGGCCGGCGGUUGGCGACGGGGCAGGGGAUAGCAAUGACGACGGGUCGUACAGCGACGAUAUCAGCUUGUCACUAUCGCCGACCGGGUGCGGGAAAGGCAAUGAUCUGGACGAGACCGAUUCCGAACCAUGUUCGGACGAUGAUGAAUCCGCUCCACACGGCGCCCCGAACUCAAAAACGGCUAACGCCAGUGGUGGCGCCGCCAACGAUAACUGCUCCAAAUCCCGCCGGAGACGAACUGCCUUCACCUCGGAACAGCUCCUGGAGCUGGAACGGGAAUUCCACGCCAAAAAAUACCUUAGCCUUACGGAGCGCAGCCAGAUUGCAACCACGCUGAAGCUAAGCGAAGUUCAGGUCAAAAUCUGGUUCCAAAACCGGAGGGCCAAGUGGAAACGGGUCAAAGCUGGCCUGAACUCGCACGGAUUGGCCGGAAGGGGUGCGGCCAACGGUGGACCCGCCAACAGCACCAAAAUCGUAGUUCCUAUUCCGGUGCACGUGAACCGUUUCGCGAUUCGAUCUCAGCACCAGCAGAUGGAGAAGAUGAACCUGGUCGGCCCGAAGGCGGAACUACGCAAGGACCUAGGAUUGGAACCGAGCAGUUUCGAGCGGUUCGGUUUGAGCAGGUUGGGACCCAAGUAGGGGAAUGGAGCACAGACAAACAGACGUAACAGC